AUAAUAACAUUACAAGUUUAAUAGUAAAAUCAUCUACAAUAUAUAGAUGAUUUUAUUAUUUUAUAUAAUAUAGAUUUUAUACAUGCAGUAUGUAAUUACAAUUAAGCGUUUGAUCAAUUAAUAUCAAGAAGGAACUACAGGUUCAUUUCAGUUUUAUCAGUAUACUUGAUUCAUAUAUUUUUUAUUUAAAGUAAUUGAUUAAUCGGAUGGCGACAGAGAAAAUCUCUUUGCAUGAGUGGUUUCAAAGAAUUCCGAUUACAAAGCUUAGACAGUUUUCUUCUUUACUAUUGAAUGGCCACUUCUGAUCUAGGGGGAGAUCAAGACAGUUUUCUAUAAAGCAUAGAAAUGAUCAAUCACCUAUCACAUAUUUAAUUUAAGUGUAGACUAUCCGCCAUUUGUUCCCGCCAUAUGUAUGUUUAAAAUACGGCGCGCGCAGUUCCGGAUGGUAUCAUCCUAAGCUCAAUAUGACGAGGUUAGGAUCGAUUAUAACAGUCAACCAAACAAGAUCGGAGCGAGUUUGGACUGCGUUUAAAGCUGAUUGAGAAAAGAGAAAUCAAGAACACUCAAGAUUAUAUAUAACUAUUGUAAAGACCAGAAAAAUAAUAUAGGGAAACAGUGUUAGAUCAAACAUGCUGAGAUACAUGUGCUAAAUAACUUCUAAGUCAGAGGCAUUCUUCAGUUAAAAACAUGAUUCACGGGUGCAGGAGGCUCUGCGUAAGCGGCGUGAAACUACCAGCGCAGCAUCUCCUGUCGUCGAGAUGCGCUGGUACACUGUCCAAGGUAGAGGCGAGGAAGCGGAGGAAUCAGCUGUUCGAUGAAGAGAAGCAAAGGCAGCGAUCCGAACUGGGUAGGAUCGAGAAGAUAGAAGUAACGUACAAGUCAGUGGAGGAUGAGGUAGUAAUGAUGAUGAACCGCGACAUUUCUACGCCGUACGACUGUGCCAGGCACAUCUCCGAGAAUGUCGCCAAGGUAGCCGCUAUCGCUCUGGUGGACGGUCGGGUCUGGGACAUGCACAGGCCAUUCACAAACAAGUGCGAGCUGGAGCUGGUGACUAUGCAGAGUCCGCGAACGGGCGCGGUCAAUCAUGCCUUCUGGCGUACAUGUUCGUUGAUCUUGGGUGCCGUGGCAGACAGCGCGUUCAAGGACCACGUGAAUGUACAUCUACACAGCUUCCCCACACCGGCAAUCCACUCCGGUAGCUUUAUCUACGACGUGUUCAUUGAUCUGCCGAACUGGCAACCGACUAGUUCCGAGUUGCGCGCCAUGUCCGCGCUUUUCGUCAAGCUUACAAACCAGGAACUGCUGUUGGAGAAACUAUUAGUGCCUCGUGGCGUCGCGUUAGACAUGUUCCAGGAUAAUCCCUUCAAGUCUCAGCAAAUACCCAGUAUCGCCAAAAACAGUGAUAAUGACAGAGUACCUUUGUACCGUCUGGGGGAUCACAUAGAUAUCAGCAAGGGCCCCAUGGUGAGUAAUAGCGGCCUGAUGGGUCGCGUCACUGUAACGGCCGUGCACAAACUCGCGGACGGACCCGUGGACGGUCUGUACCGUUUCCAGGGCAUCGCCCUGCCCAAGGGUAUCUUGCUCAAUCAUUUCACCUAUUCUAUCCUGGAGAAACGCGCCAAGAAACUUAACACCACCACGUGGCAAUCUCACGCCGAGGACGAGACGAUCAACGUGGCAGCGUUGGUGAACUAAGUGAUCAGCCCCGUUUCAUAAUUGAAGAAGAUCCUCGUGUAAAUAAAUGCAUCUUUCAGUCGUCUAUCUGUUUUUAAAUACGUCGUUGUUUGUCCGAUACUUUUAUUGCGUUUAACAUGGAUCAAAGGUAGAUCAUAAUUUGAAAUUCUAGUAAUAGAAAGAAGUAAAUUUAUUUUGACAUAUAGCGUGAGAACAAAAAUUUAUACGUUUUUUUAACGUCAAUCGAUGUAACUACAGUAAGUGAUCAGAGGCGCGAUACACAAGCACGUAUAUAUUGAUUAAUUUUUUUUUUCGUUAAAGAGAGAAGAUUCUAGGAUUCCUUUUAAUUACUACUUUUAUCGAUAAAUCGCAAUACUUUAAGAUCAUCGGAUAAAAUGCGACUAAUUUAUUUUUCAUCUUCGGAGAUAUAAAAAUUGGAUGAUCGCUUGAUAUUAUUGUACAUCACGUAUAUAAGAGUGUUUACGCGCGAUUUAACGACAUUGCGAAUGCUUUACUCGAGGACCGCGCACCUCCCAGGUAAAAUCGCUCGGCAAUCUGUUAGCUUUGGACGCCGUACAUCUCGUACUCAGUUUCAGGUACAAUUCUUGACGCGAGUUGGCACCGCAGUCUUCGAGGUCGUCGGCCUUCAGGCUCGUCCUUGUCGACAGCGGCGCCAAUUCUGGCGGACAUCUAAACGAUUAACAUAAGCCUUUUUAUCUUUUUCAAUGGGCAAAAAAACUGACGCGAAUAUCAAUCGAGGAGCCAUUCUUUAAACAAUUCAACACUGUCAUUAUAGAGUAAUAAAAAACGUUAUUUACGUUACUAAAUAAUUAUUAUUUUGGAUCACGAUGUUAGAAACGAAAAAUUAUAAUUGUUAUUAUUGAAAUUAUAUUUGAACCAUUUUAUCUCGA